AUGUCUGCAUCUCACGCUUCCGCCACCACUGACUCCCUCUUCCUAGCCUCGGAGGCCAAAACCCCUUCUGAGGCCAUAUCAAUCCUCUACGGCGUGCUCGAGGACCCAUCAUCCUCCCCCGAAGCCCUGCGCAUCAAAGAACAAGCCAUCAACAACCUUGCAGACCUCCUCAGGCAGGAAGGCCAGGCCCACGACCUCCAAAGCCUCCUUACCAAGCUCCAGCCUUUCUUCUCCCUCAUCCCUAAGGCCAAGACAGCCAAGAUCGUCCGCGUCAUAAUCGAUGCCGUGGCCAAAAUCCCCGGCACAUCUGACCUCCAAAUCUCCCUCUGCAAGGAGAUCGUCCAAUGGACUCGUGCCGAAAAACGGACCUUUCUCCGCCAGAGGAUCGAGGCCCGACUAGCGGCCCUCCUCCUCGAGAACAAGGAGUUUCCGGAAGCCCUCACUCUCCUCUCAGGCCUCAUCAAAGAGAUCCGCAGGCUCGACGACAAGCUCUUGCUCGUCGAAAUCGACCUCCUCGAGAGCAAGCUCCAUUUCUCGUUACGAAACCUCCCAAAAGCGAAAGCCUCGCUGACCGCGGCCCGCACGGCAGCGAACGCGAUUUACGUGCCUCCAGCUCAGCAGGGAACGAUCGACUUGCAGAGCGGGAUCCUCCACGCAGAGGAAAAGGACUACAAGACGGCUUACAGCUACUUUUUCGAGGCUUUCGAGGCUUUCAACGCCCUCGAGGACCCGCAGGCAAUCUACAGCCUCAAGUACAUGCUGCUGUGCAAGAUCAUGGUGGGCCAGGCUGAUGACGUGGCGGGGAUCAUAUCGUCACCAAAGGUGGGGCUGCAGUAUCAGGGGCCUGAGCUGGACGCUAUGAAGGCUGUGGCCGGGGCCCACGCCAAGCGUUCGCUGAAGCUCUUUGAAACGGCCUUGCGUGAUUUCAGGUGCCAGCUGGACGAGGACCCGAUCGUUCACAGGCACCUCUCGUCGCUGUACGAUACACUUCUUGAGCAGAACCUGUGCAGGCUGAUCGAGCCCUUCUCGAGAGUGGAGAUUGCACACGUGGCUGAGCUGAUUGAGCUGCCAGGUCAGCAUGUGGAGAAGAAGCUGUCGCAGAUGAUCCUGGACAAGAAGUUUGCGGGUACCCUGGACCAGGGGGCAGGGUGUUUGAUCAUAUUUGAUGAUCCGAAGACGGACGAGAUUUAUCCGGCGACUUUGGAGACGAUCGCGAACAUGGAGAAGGUCGUGGACAGUCUUUAUGCGAGGUCGGCUAAAAUAAUGGCUUGA